UGAUUUCUAUGAUUUGAUUUGACAUAACCUCCUCAUGUUAAAUAAUCAAAAACACUGAUUCGAAUUUUCGAACUAUGGUAUUAGGAUCAGCUCGUGCAAAUAUUCAGUUUAGGACACUUCUGAGCCGUUUAUCACAGAACAGAGGCAUUAUGACCACUGCGAAAAAAGCCCAAAAAGCUGUGGAAGAACUGAAGCAAAAUCCAUACUUCGAGAAAUACGCGGAGAAAAUAGCAAAACUGCAACAAACUUCCCCAGAGGAAUUGUUACAGCGGAUUGAGAAGAAAGAGGUUCAACAAGAAGAACAAAAGAAGGCGGCAGAAAGACAGUAUUCUCAAUUGUUGAAUCCCAAAAAAUGUACCGAUAAAGGGAGAAACAUAAACUCGGAAAGUCUAGAUGAAUACAUGAAAGUAGAAGCUGUCAAAGACAAAUCUGCUGAUGAAAUAAAAGAAAUUUGGCUUAAAUAUCACAUUCAAAAAGAGUGCAAUAUCGCUGCGACAGUCCCAAAGAAAGAUUUCGAGCAAUUCAAGGAGAAAUCUGAAUUAUAUCCAACUUUUCUUUUUGCCCUACCCCGUAGUCAAGGAUAUGAAUUUAUCAUGUCUCAGAUUGAAGGAAACUGUGUGCACUUUACUCCUCUCCUGUAUUUUCAAGUUCACAAGGAAAAUGCGCCAGAAUGUUUAACUAUCAAACAUUAUACAGAAUUUAUGGAUGAAAAGGGAAUAGUACUUAUGAAGGGAGAGUUUGAUUCUAAAGUGAUCAAUUCCAAAGAAGCGUUAUGUUUAGCGAAUCAGUUACAGCUAUAUUAUUGUCAGAAUAAUGACAGUAAAAAUAAAUUGUUAGAAGUUUUCACCAAGAAUCCUGAUGAAUUCAAGCAUAUGGACCUAAUAAAAGAAAUCGAAAAUUUGUCCUUAUAAGUUUCGCAUGAAAAGGACUGCAAGUGUAUAUUGAUAGCAAAUUAAAUUAUUUUAAAUUUU